AGUUGCUCGAACCGCCGAGUGGAAGAAGGGAGUACCUCGACCCAGACCAGGUUAUUACGAAGCGCAGGGAGCACGAAGGCCGGACACCAUGUCGCGCUACGGGCGGUACGGAGGAGAGACCAAAGUAUAUGUUGGCAACCUGGGAACUGGUGCCGGCAAAGGAGAAUUAGAGAGAGCCUUUAGUUAUUAUGGUCCCUUACGAACUGUAUGGAUUGCCAGAAAUCCUCCAGGAUUUGCUUUUGUGGAAUUCGACGAUCCAAGAGAUGCAGAAGAUGCAGUUCGAGGACUAGAUGGAAAGGUGAUUUGUGGCUCUAGGGUAAGGGUCGAAUUGUCAACAGGAAUGCCCCGAAGAUCUCGAUAUGACAGACCACCUGCACGGCGCCCAUUUGAUCCUAAUGAUAGAUGUUAUGAACGUGGGGAGAAAGGUCAUUAUGCUUAUGAUUGUCAUCGCUACAGCCGAAGAAAGAGAAGCAGGUCACGGUCUCGAUCUCACUCAAGGUCCAGAGGAAGGAGAUACUCUCGCUCAAGGAGCAGGAGCCGUGGUAGGAGGUCAAGAUCUGCAUCUCUUCGUAGGUCUAGGUCUGCUUCAAUCCGUUCUCGAUCUGGUUCUUUAAAAAGAUCGAGGUAUUUCCAAUCAUCCCGCUCAAGAUCCAGAUCCAGGUCUCUUUCAAGACCAAGAAGCAGCCGAUCAAAAUCCAGAUCACCAUCUCCAAAGAGAAGCCGCUCACUUUCUGGAAGUCCUCGUAGGAGUGUGAGUCCUGAAAGAAUGGACUGAAAUGAAAAAAAUUAACCUUUUAGGAAGAAAGUUAUUUUGUUUACAUUAUUAUAAGGGAUUUUGUGAUGUCUGUUCAAUGUAAGUGUAACCUAGAAGGCUAUUUGAACCAUCUAAUAAUCAGAAUGGAUCUGAAUAUUUUAAGAGCUCUGUAAAUUUACAUCAGUAGAGUAGUGUCAUUUUUUUUUGUUGUAUGUAUUAACAUCUUAUGAUCUUGA